AACACGUGAAAGAUUUGCUGUUGAAAGAUCGCGAGAGAAGGGUCGACAUUGAGUUUGCCGUUGGAAGGUACCGUAAAGGAUAAUCUCAUCACUAUAUAACCGCAGUAUUUUACGGGAAAUUAUACCAUCAGGAUGUCUGAUGUGAUCUAUGGAAAUAUUUGAAAAUGAAUCAAAAUAAAGGAUUACAAGGUGCCAGCUACUUGGAGCCUCGGAACCGGGUGAGAACGAGCAGCAGUGACAGCAGCGACUCUUCUUGCGGGGACAGCGAAGGAAGUCAGGAGAAGCUUCGGCGGCUCUUCCAGACGUGCGACAGUGAUGGAGAUGGUUUCAUCGAUGGACAGGACAUAUACUUGAUGUGCCGUGAGCUGAAUAUGGAGGACAGCGUGCAUGAUCUUAUGGUACAGCUUGGGGCUGACCGUCAUGGCCGAAUCUCUUUUGAAGAGUUCUUGCGUUGCCAACGAAAGCUACGUGGAGAGAUCAGGUCGGUGACGGAAGGUUCGAGGCAGCCAGACCUCCGCAGAGGAAGUGCUGAUGGAGUGUACCAAGACAGACUACAGAGGGCGGGCUCUCCAAAGAUGGGCAGUAAUUCUAGUCUUCCACGAAGUGGUCAUUUAGGUUCCUGGCCAGCUAGCAGUGAUAAUAGUUUGGGAGCAUCUUCUACAGCCAGGGACAGUUGGGAGCGGGAUUCUGGUGCUCGCGAUCUUAGUCCUGAACCAGGUACGUUCCUACAGAAGCUGAUGGAUAGCGCCACCGCAGCUGGUGGAGGGGCCAACUUUCUGGAGCUUGCUAAUACGGUAAGUACAUGUUUGUGUUUGUCAAAACAAAAUUGUGACAAAAGAGAUGAGUAGGGGACCAAUUCAUUAUUGAUGCUUGUGAUGGGGCAAAGUCAAAUAUACUCCCAUAUUUAGACAACGGUACAAUUUUGGUAUAUGGAUACCAAUUUUAUUGAUGAUCUUCUGUCAUUUAGUGAAUUCAAAUUCAUUGUUAAUGCAAGUGUAUUUCAUUUUUGUUGAUCAUGCUAUUGUUUGUAUUAGCAUUAUAUUUG